AGAACUCACCAGUCAGCUGCCAGCACUGUGAGCGAACAGUCACACCCCCGAACAGACGUUAGCACACAUCCACUCACAGAAACUCGCGUUGAGAUCACUAUGUUAGAUGGGAAAUCAUACUACAUUUCCAUUGAAUAAGUACUUUUGUGUAUGAAACCAGUCUUCUAUAUUACUGUGCCCCGUCGGCUUUGCCAGAGACGCUGUAAAUCUUAUUUUGUAAAACUUGUGUAAGUUUUCUUGUGCGUACAAUAUAACGUACAAGAAGCUCCAGGGAAGCAAGAGAGAGUUGGAGGACAAGGAACGCCAGCUGAGAGCAACAAGUUGGAGGGCCUCGCGUGUGCCCCCAAGAGUCGCAGACCCUAACCGGAAGCCCUGAAAUCUGAUCUGCACUGAAACCCUUGAAGAUGGAGGGUAUUGUGGAGAGAGCACGCCCUGCGGUGUGCCGCGCCGCCCUGUCAUCAUGAGCGCUGUGCCCCUUCUGCUGCAGUGCCCUCAGACCCCCUCGUCUCCGUCGCCCCUGCACCGGCCGGCGCCGCGCACGCCCAACUCCCUGCGCCACUCCCGCACCCUCAGGCUCAACAACCGCAACUCCUUCCCGCCCGACCAGAACCAGGAGUCCCGCUGGGUGUCGCUGCUGGCCCGGGCCGCGCCCACGAAGCCCUACGGCACAUGUAGCCCCGCGCCCUUGCACGCCCACAUCUCCCACACCCGCCAGGUGUCCCCCGUCACCCCGCCCACCAUCACGCCGCCCGCGCUCACCCCGACGACCAUCGCCCCGGCUGCCGUGAUCAUCCCCUCGCCUGUGAGCGCGCGCCCGCCGCCCGCGAUCCACCCGGCCCCGCCCGUCGUCGCCGUCAAGCCGCCAUGCACCACGCCCGUGGCUCCCGCUGAUACGCACCAGGCGCGCCCUCCCCCCGCCCACGUCCAGCCCGCCCCGCACAAGCCCCUGGCGCCCACGGCCUCGUUCAGCCGCGGCCUCACGUCGCCCACCGCCAUCAAGCUCUUCAACCCGAGUCGCCGUCUCAACAAGUCGCAGUCACAGCUCAUCAUGCCGCGGAUGAAGUCGCUGCUUCGCGCCGGCCAGGGCCAGCGCUCCCUCAAGGAGAGGAAGGACACGCCACCCGCGUCCACGCGGAGCCCCAUGCCCCGCGAGGCCUCCGUCAGGAGCCUCACCAAUUACGAAGAAGCUAACUCGCCGGAGCCACUGAUCCGGAAGUGCCACACCGUGCUGGCGCUGUCCUCGGCCACCGGCGGUGCCGCGCACACCCGCCUCGUCAAGGACAAGAAGAGCAAACUCAGCUUCUUCAGACGAAUGUCACCCUCCAAGUCCGCCGUCUUUUCCUCCAACAAGAUGACCAUCGCCAAGUCGCCCUCGGCCGUGUCGGACCUCCGGCGGCUACGCAAGGACUCGAGCAUGCUGUUCCCUCAGCUGGAGACGGAGGGCGAGGUUGGCGGCUGCUCGAGGUGCGCCUCCGCGGCCUCCAUAGCGUCCAGAGGCUACGCGGGUCUCGCCCAAGACUCCGUCUUCUGCAAGCUCUGCCUCUCCGACGUGUCCAUACAGGCGAUGUACCAGCUGCAGUUGUGCCAAUGCCGCUUUUGUAAAUAUUGCAUGGCUGUGUAUGUGGCGUUGAAGAUCCGAGAAGGAGAUUACACGAUCGAGUGUCCAGACGCCAACUGUGACUGCAGCGGAGAGCUCACCCUUGAGGAGGUGGAGAGUUUAGUGGGGAGCGAACUGUUCCAGCUCCACCUCAAGUUCAGAAAGAACACGGAAGUGGACAAGGACCCAGUGAAGGCUUGGUGUCCCAUGCCUGGCUGCGAAACCGUAGUUAGUCUACCGAUCUCCAAGUUCGAGGGUCCUCAGUGCACGACCUGCCCUACCUGCACAGCCGUCUUCUGCGCCUCCUGCAGCGAGCCGUGGCACCCUAGCCAGCCUUGCCAUACGGACAACGCUGAAUCACUGGCGGUUCCUAAUGACGAGACGAUAAAAAGGUGCCCGUCUUGCAAGGUGCCCAUCGAGCGCGACGCCGGCUGUGCGCAGAUGCUGUGCAAGAAAUGUAAACACGUGUUCUGCUGGUACUGCCUCACCUCCUUGGAUGACGACUUCUUGCUGCGUCACUACGACAAGGGUCCGUGCAAGAACAAGCUAGGCCACAGUCGAGCCUCGGUCCUGUGGCAUCGAGCUCAGGUCAUAGGCAUCUUCGCAGGCUUCGGUCUCCUCCUGGUCGUGGCGUCGCCCCUGCUCUUGUUCGUGGGUCCGUGUCUCCUGUGCUGCAAGUGCAAACCCUGCUCCAAGCAUGAGUCGGAGGAGGAUAGCUUAUACGGCAUCUGAGAGCCAGGCCGAACCUUCAGCGUUGUCACUUAAAGCCAAAGAUUAUGUUUUGGAGGAACUUUCC